GCUGAAUUUCUUCUGCAGGUCCAGGUCCUGCCGCUGGAUUCCCUCAUUGGUUUUUGGGAACUGUCAAUGUCGAAUGUUUCGGUUUUGUAACUGGGGACACAUACACUAAAUACUGCGAGAAGAACUCCGAUAUCUUGGCACUUUCCUUUCUCCCUCGUGGGCACUGCAUGUCUAAUAUUUAGACAUGUUCAGCUUUAUGGAUUCGAGGACUGUACUGCUACUUGUAGCAACCCAAGUGUGUCUAUUAGCCGUUGUAAGAUGUCAAGAGGACGACCAGGAGGAUGUUAGUCGCUGUUUACAAGAUGGACAGCGCUAUAGCGACAAGGACGUGUGGAAACCAGAGCCUUGUCGCAUCUGCGUGUGUGACACUGGAACCGUCCUGUGUGAUGAAAUUGUCUGCGAGGAGCUAAAAGACUGCCCCAAACCUGAAAUCCCAUUUGGAGAGUGUUGCCCUGUCUGCGCAGCUGACCACGCUCCACCCAUUGGAGCACCUGGAGGCAAGGGUCAGAAAGGUGAACCCGGAGACAUUACCGAUGUUGUGGGACCAAGAGGACCAGGUGGCCCAAUGGGCCCACCAGGAGAGCAAGGACCCCGUGGAUCGAGAGGAGACAAGGGAGAGACGGGAAGCCUUGGUCCUCGUGGCAGAGAUGGUGAGCCUGGCACCCCCGGAAACCCCGGCCCCCCCGGACCUCCAGGACCUAAUGGACCCCCUGGCCUUGGUGGAAACUUUGCUGCUCAGAUGGCUGGUGGUUUUGACGAGAAAUCUGGCGGCGCACAGAUGGGUGUGAUGCAAGGACCAAUGGGCCCGAUGGGUCCCAGAGGACCACCUGGCCCCAGCGGAUCACCUGGCCCACAAGGUUUCCAAGGCAACCCAGGAGAGGCUGGAGAGCCCGGACAGUCCGGCCCCAUGGGUCCCCGUGGCCCCACCGGACCUUCUGGAAAACCUGGAGAUGAUGGUGAGGCUGGCAAGUCUGGCAAAUCAGGUGACCGUGGACCUGCUGGACCUCAGGGAGCUCGUGGAUUCCCAGGAACUCCUGGCCUGCCCGGCAUCAAGGGACACAGAGGUUAUCUAGGUCUUGAUGGUUCAAAGGGAGAGACUGGAGCUCUUGGGUCCAAGGGAGAGUCCGGUGCUCCCGGAGAUAAUGGCGCUAAUGGACCGAUGGGACCUCGUGGUUUGCCUGGUGAGAGAGGUCGUCCUGGACCCAGUGGAGUUGCUGGAGCACGUGGAAAUGAUGGCUUGUCGGGUCCUGCUGGACCCCCAGGCCCCGUCGGCCCCUCUGGAGCUCCAGGCUUCCCUGGCUCUCCUGGUUCAAAGGGAGAAGCUGGUCCUACUGGUGCUCGUGGUCCUGAGGGUGCUCAGGGACCCCGUGGAGACUCUGGAACACCCGGAUCAUCCGGACCUUCUGGAGCUUCUGGAAAUCCUGGUACUGAUGGAAUCCCUGGAUCCAAAGGAUCUUCUGGUUCUCCUGGUAUUGCUGGUGCUCCUGGUUUCCCUGGACCUCGUGGACCUCCCGGGCCUCAGGGAGCAACUGGACCACUCGGGCCCAAAGGAACAUCUGGAGACCCAGGUAUCCCAGGCUUCAAGGGAGAGUCUGGACCCAAAGGAGAAUUUGGACCGGUUGGUCUGCAGGGAUCUAUUGGCCCACAAGGAGAAGAAGGCAAGAGAGGACCCAGGGGUGAGGCUGGUUCUGCUGGACCACUUGGACCUCCUGGAGAGAGAGGAUCCCCCGGUAACCGUGGUUUCCCUGGUCAAGACGGUCUGGCUGGUCCCAAGGGAGCCCCUGGUGAGCGUGGACCCUCUGGUGCUAGUGGUCCCAAGGGUGCCAACGGUGACCCCGGCCGUCCAGGAGAGUCUGGUCUGCCCGGUGCCAGAGGCCUGACUGGACGCCCAGGUGACGCUGGUCCUCAAGGCAAAGUUGGACCUUCUGGCGCUUCUGGUGAGGACGGUCGUCCAGGACCCCCCGGCCCACAAGGAGCCCGUGGACAGCCGGGUGUCAUGGGAUUCCCCGGACCCAAGGGAGCAACUGGUGAACCUGGCAAGUCUGGAGAGAAAGGACUGGGUGGAGCUCCUGGUCUGAGAGGUCUGCCUGGCAAAGAUGGAGAAACCGGCCCUUCUGGACCCGGCGGCCCUUCUGGACCUGCUGGAGAGAGAGGAGAACAAGGACAGCCUGGUCCCUCAGGUUUCCAGGGUCUGCCUGGACCUCCUGGCCCACCUGGUGAGGGAGGAAAGCCUGGAGACCAGGGUGUUCCUGGAGAGGGUGGUGCUGCUGGUGCUACUGGACCCAGAGGUGAGCGUGGUUUCCCCGGAGAGAGAGGAGCUGCCGGCUCUCAGGGUCUGCAGGGACCUCGAGGUCUGCCUGGAACUCCUGGAACUGACGGACCCAAGGGAGCCAUUGGACCUGCUGGUGGUGGUGGAGCUCAGGGACCCCCUGGCCUGCAGGGUAUGCCCGGAGAGAGAGGAGGUGCUGGCAUUCCUGGACCCAAAGGAGACAGAGGUGACCUCGGAGAGAAAGGACCUGAAGGUGCUCCUGGCAAAGAUGGUGGCAGAGGUCUCACUGGUCCCAUUGGUCCUCCUGGUCCCGGUGGUCCCAACGGCGAGAAGGGUGAAUCUGGUCCUGCUGGUCCUUCUGGAGCUCCUGGUACCCGCGGUGCUCCUGGGGACAGGGGGGAGACUGGACCUCCUGGGCCUGCUGGAUUUGCUGGACCUCCUGGUUCUGACGGUCAGCCAGGAAUCAAAGGAGAGCAGGGAGAAUCUGGACAGAAGGGUGAUGCUGGGGCCCCUGGACCCCAAGGACCAUCUGGUGCCCCUGGACCUGCAGGUCCUACCGGUGUUUUUGGACCUAAAGGUGCUCGUGGUGCUCAGGGACCUCCCGGUGCUACUGGUUUCCCUGGAGCUGCUGGCCGAGUUGGACCCCCUGGUCCCAAUGGAAAUCCUGGACCUGCUGGUCCUGCCGGCCCCUCUGGUAAAGAUGGACCCAAGGGUGUGAGGGGAGAUGGUGGACCCCCAGGCCGACAGGGUGACGCUGGGCUCCGUGGUCCAGCUGGGGCUUCUGGAGAGAAGGGAGAUGCUGGAGAGGAUGGUCCCUCUGGACCCCUCGGUCCUUCAGGUCCUCAGGGUUUGGCUGGUCAGCGCGGUAUCGUCGGUUUGCCCGGACAGCGUGGUGAGAGAGGCUUCCCUGGUCUGCCUGGACCUUCUGGUGAGCCCGGAAAGCAGGGAGCUCCUGGUGGCAGUGGAGACCGCGGACCCCCUGGGCCUGUUGGGCCACCUGGACUCACUGGACCUUCAGGAGAGCUUGGUAGAGAGGGCAACGCUGGAUCUGAUGGACCUCCUGGUAGAGAUGGUGCUACUGGAAUCAAGGGUGAUCGUGGUAACACUGGUCCUGCUGGUGCUCCUGGUGCUUCAGGCGCUCCUGGUGCUUCCGGCCCAGUUGGUCCUACCGGCAAACAGGGAGACAGAGGAGAGUCUGGUGCACAAGGACCUUCUGGACCUUCAGGACCUGCUGGAGCCAGAGGAAUGCCUGGACCACAAGGACCCCGCGGUGACAAGGGAGAGGGUGGAGAGUCUGGCGAGAGAGGGCAGAAGGGACACAGAGGCUUCACUGGUCUGCAGGGUCUGCCCGGACCUCCGGGUCAAGCUGGAGACCAGGGUGCUACUGGACCCUCUGGACCUUCUGGACAAAGAGGACCACCUGGACCUGUUGGCCCUAGUGGAAAGGAUGGUGGAAACGGUCUGCCAGGACCCAUUGGACCACCCGGACCUCGUGGUCGCGGUGGAGAGACCGGUCCCUCUGGUCCCUCUGGAAACCCUGGACCCCCCGGUCUCCCUGGUCCCCCUGGCCCUGGCAUUGACAUGUCCGCCUUUGCUGGUCUGGGUCAGACUGAAAAGUCCCCUGAUCCUCUCAGGUACAUGAGGGCCGACCAGGCUUCAGGAAACCUCCGUCAGCACGAUGCUGAGGUCGACGCCACGCUCAAAUCUCUCAACAACCAGAUAGAGAACAUCCGCAGCCCGGAGGGAUCCAGGAAGAACCCGGCUCGCACCUGCAGAGACCUCAAGCUCUGCCAUCCUGACUGGAAGAGCGGAGACUACUGGAUUGAUCCCAAUCAGGGCUGCACCAUCGAUGCAAUUAAGGUCUUCUGCAACAUGGAGACAGGAGAGUCCUGCGUCAAAUCCAAGCCUGCCAGUAUCCCUCGCAAGAACUGGUGGUCCAGCAAGAGCAAGGACCGCAAACAUGUCUGGUUCGGAGAGACAAUGAAUGGAGGCUUCCACUUCAGCUAUGGUGAUGACAGCCUGGCAGUCAACACUGCUGCCAUUCAGAUGACUUUCCUGAGACUGCUGUCCACCGAGGCUUCUCAAAACCUCACUUACCACUGUAAGAACAGCGUGGCCUACAUGGACGCCUCAACGGGCAACCUGAAGAAGGCCGUUCUGCUGCAGGGCUCCAACGACGUGGAGAUCAGAGCCGAGGGCAACAGCCGCUUUACUUACAGCGUGAUGGAGGACGGCUGCACGAAACACACGGGACAGUGGGGCAAGACAGUGAUGGAAUACAGAUCGCAGAAGACCUCUCGUCUGCCCAUUGUAGACAUUGCCCCCAUGGAUAUUGGAGGAACAGACCAGGAGUUCGGAGUCGAAGUCGGGGCAGUCUGCUUCUUGUAAAGAACGAGCGAUCAAAAAGAAGAAAGAGAAGUGGGAAUUUGAAAGAAAUUAAAUGAAAGAGGAGCACACUUCAGAUAAAGAAGGAGAGAAAAAGAAAAAUCAAGACACUUUUUUAAAUGGGACUUUUUUUCUAAGUAAAAAGUGCUUUUUCCAAGUCGAACUCCGUAGGAUAUCUGCACUGAAUGGCACCAGCAACUGUCAUCUGUGAUUCAUCCAGCAUUGUCACCACCCCUCCCCCAUCAGACGCCCAGGCCUCCCCAAAAGCCCCCACUUCACCCUGGGUGGACAGCAACCCCCAACCACCACCUGCCCCACCUCAUGAACAAGAUGGAGGAAGUAUGAGGAGAGUACGGGAACAUACCAGGGAACAUGAGAGAGAAAAAUGUGUUGGUGUUAUUUAUUUAUUGUUUAGGUUUGAGUCCCAGGUGUGGUAGGACUGAGUUUGUUGCUAAGAAAUAAAAAGCCCACUUACAAAUAUAAAAAAAAAAAAACCAUAUCCACCAACUUCCUCUCCUACUUCCUCCUCUUUUCUAAUCACCCCAUCACCCCUGUACCAUAUCCACUAAAGCACACAUAUCUCUUUGAAACCAAAAAUCUAGCUACAUAGAAACUGCAGUUGUUCCUAUUUCUACCACCACAGUGUGUAUCAAAAAGUUACUGUGUAUUAUAAUAAAAGUCAAUGGUGCUAUUGUUGUAAAA